GUUUUUGUGAGCCCGGAAAUGGAAACGGCUUCCACUGGCAUGCCACUGGGUCACUCCUGAUGUUACUUCCGACCUAGACAGCAUGAACAGCUGGAACGGGAAGCUGCAGGCCGGAGGUUCUAGUGUGGCUACAAUGGCAUCUGGAGGAGCAACGGUACAGGACCUCCUGCUAGAUGCCCUGGAAGACCUUGGUCAGGAAGAGUUUGAGAAACUGAAAUUCAAGCUGCGUACCGCUGCCAUUCCUGGAGGCAAGAACAUUCCACUUGGACGGCUGGAGAAAGCAAAACGGGAGGAGCUGGUGGAACUAAUGGUUGAGUUCUAUGAGGACAAUGCUGUUGCCCUGAUUGUGACCAUAUUUGAGGACAUCGGUCUCAAGUACAAUGCCUCAAAACUCACUGAGGUGGUUGGAAAGCAAGUUCAAGGUUACAAAAGGAAGUAUGCUGAGACUGUGAUGGAAAACUACCAACUGAUAGAGGACAGGAAUAGUUUGCUUGGUGAGAGCAGCCCUUUAAAUGCACGAUACAUAGACCUGCUUAUUAUCAGGGAUCAUCGGCCUCAGAAGCAGAGGGAGCAUGAGCUAGCUGCUACUGGCAGGAGGCACAUGGAGAUCCUGGAAGAAAACACUUCUGAUUAUUCAUCAACUGCCAUUGAAAACCUUUUUGAACCUGAUGAAUCUGGAGUAACCCCAAGAACAGUAGUGCUUCAGGGACCUGCAGGGAUUGGCAAAUCAAUGACUGUGCAAAAGAUCAUACUGGACUGGGCUGUCGGGGAGCUCUAUCAGGGCCUCUUUGACUACGUAUUCUGCAUUCACUGCCGAGAACUGAGCCUAACUGAAGAAGCCAAAAGUCUGGCUGAUGUUAUUAUAGAACAGUGUCAGGACAUGUAUGCCCCAGUGAAAGAGAUCUUAGCCUUCCCUGAAAAACUGCUUUUCAUCAUUGAUGGCUUUGAUGAGCUUUCUUUCUCAUUACAGCCUGAAGAUGAUCAUUGCUGUGCCAAGCCUUCUUCAAAGAUGUCCAUGGAAGGUAUUCUGAGCAACCUGCUGAGGAAGAAGCUGCUGCCUAAAUCCUAUCUGUUAAUUACAACGAGGCCUGGUGCUGCAGAGAGACUGCAAGGAUAUGUGAAGUUUCCCAGAUUCGCUGAGAUCCUAGGAUUCUCUGAAAAGGGUCGCCGUGAAUAUUUUUUCAAAUUCUUUAAAGAUGAGGGGAAAGCUAACACAGCACUGCAAUUCAUUGAAAAUACUACUGCAGUGUCUACCAUCUGCUUUAUCCCCAUGGUAUGUUGCAUCAUCUGUUCUGUCAUUAAAGUGGAACUGGAAACUGAGGAUGAGAUUGCAAACACAUUGGACACUACAACCAAUGUCUUUGUGCAGUUUUCUCACAUUCUCCUUAAACAUGAUUCCCAAAAAAGAAAGAAGUCCCUUUUGGAUGAGUUCAGGAAUCUUUGUUCCUUGGCACGAGCAGGCAUUUUAGAACAGAAAAUCCUUUUUGAAGAAGAAGACCUCAAAGAACAUAAUUUGACUAUGUCUGAUCUUAAGGACCUGUUUCUUGACAGAAGAACAUUCCACAGGGGAAUUGGCCGCCACAGCCUCUACAGUUUUCUUCACCUCUGCUUUCAAGAGUUUUUUGCUGCCAUGUUUUAUAUCCUGCCAGGUGAGAAAAUGAGAGCCCCAGAUGAUAAUGAGACAGACCUGAAGAAACUCUUAGAUGUAUGUGAAAAGCCAGGCAAUGAGCAUCUGACAUUAACUGUACGCUUCCUAUUUGGCCUGAGUAGUGAAAAGGCACAAGCCUUCCUUGAAGAAGCCAUGCAGUGUAAGAUGUCUGACCUUGCCAAGCCUCUCUUAUUACAGAGAGCAGCAGAAGUGGCUGCUGAGGAUCCUCCUCGAGAAGGUUAUCGCCUGCUGAAUUUUUUCCACUGUCUGUUUGAGAGCCAGAAAGUAGAAUUUGCAAGGCAUGUGAUGCAUCGUUUCCAGACUAUUAACAUCUCUUUCAAGAUGCUCUCAGUAUUGGACUGCCGGGUUCUGGCAUUCUGCUUGCAGCACAGUACAAUCCAAGAUCACUCUAUUGAUCUAACCUUUUGCAGACUGAAGUCUCAUCACAUGAAAGCUCUGGCCCCAGGAAUAAAAAAUUGUGCAGUUAUAGAAUUUGGAAGCAACAGACUUGGAAACUCAGGAGUGAAUGUUCUCUGCACCAUUCUGAAGGAAUUUGAUUGUAAUGUGAAUACUCUGAGUCUUGAUGAGAACUACCUCACAGAUGCCUGUGCCCAAGAACUUUGUGCUACUCUGAGCACUAGCAAAACACUUGUCAGUCUAAACCUUAAUGAUAACUCCUUCUCAGAGGCAACUGUGCCGUUCAUCGUACACCUCUUGAAGACUUGCACAAGCCUGUCUAUUUUAUAUUUGAAUGAAAAUGGAUUUGGCAACAAAGGAAGGAAACGCCUGAAACAGCAUGUGAAAAAAAUUGAAUCCGAACGUCCAUUUUGGUUGUGGCUGUGAUGCAUUUACUUUUGUCUACUCAAAAGAAACCCUGGAACUCAAAGUCAUUAUACUGUUAGGAUCUGAUGGAGUUGUUCAUGCUUUGCAAAAGGGAGCUGUUCAGUAGCAAAAUAUGGACAUUCCUAAAAGCAGAGAUGGCUGAAAGCCUAAGCAAGAGCUCACUGGGUGACCUUGGGCCAGCCACUCUCAGAUUAACUUACUUCACACAGGGUUGUUGUUGUUGGGAGGACAAAAUGGAAGAGAGGGGAAGAAUGGUGUUGCAAACUGAUUUGCACACACCCACCCCGGGGUGGGGGGGUGGGAAGCAGGCUAUCCAUAUGUAUGUAUGUAGGGGUUCUAUUCUUAUUGUUGGAACUACAUAACCAGAAAGACAUACUUUAGAAUUCUAUGCUGAGAUUCUCAAUGAAGCUUGUACAUCUAGCAUUAUUAAUUUUAAUAGUUUUGAAUUUUUAAUUUUAUUAUAGGUGUAUAGAUCAUUGUAACAAUACAAUAACAAUCAUCUGAACUAGCCUUAAUUCACCCCUUCUGUUGCUCAUUGAAACAAUGAAGAUAACAUGCCCACUUUGUUACAGUUGUUAAAAUCAGUCAAUAAAACACAAAAUGCAUCUCUAUAUGAAAAAAAUUGUAAAAUUUCAAAGUAAUUAUAUAAAAGCACGCAACCGACUAAAAGAAUUAAAAUCACUGGGCAUGCUCCUAUCAAAUUUAUGUAUUUAAGGGAGCAAUUUGAAGCAGGUCUGCACAGAAGUGAAUCCCAUGUUAUUCAAUGGGACUUAGUUCCAGGGAAAUGUCUUUAGGGUUGAAGCAUUUGUCACUUUGAUACAGCAGAGGAAUUAAGCAUAUACUUCAAGUGCUUAACUUUAGCUGGGGUCUUUUUAUCCUUAUCUGUAAAAGGAAGCUCCUCUCCACCUUAAAGAAAGGUUUGCAUUGCCUCCAGAACACAGCAAGUCCUUGAUGGGUUACACGGGGAAGAAAUUCAUAGCCUUAGAACUAUCACUGAGAAUGCCUCUCAAUGUGCCUUUGAUAUUCUUGUCUUGGCACAGAGAUGAUGCUUCCCUAGAAAAUCUAAUUUUUCUGAAAGUGUCAAAUAAAAAAUGAUUUUUAAGCAGAA